UUUUACGGUUUUAUUUUUUUAUUUUCUCUCUGAACUUAAGACACAUGAACUCACAGUUCUCGGGUUUACGUUUCACAUUUAAAAAAUCUGCUCAGACGUCAGGAGUAAAGGCGCAUGCUCCGUCUCGGGCACAACAACUCAGCCAAUCCUGUGCGAGCACCAGUACAUUGUAAUUUGCAUCAGGACAUACAUAUAAAGCGCUCCGACAACACCCGUAUCACAAGUUUCAGUGAUACUCGUCUGAAGCAAACAUGCCAGAAGUAGCUAAAGCACCGAAGAAGGGCUCCAAGAAAGCCGUCUCUAAAGCCACCAAGACCGGCAAGAAGAGGAGACGCACCAGGAAGGAGAGCUAUGCUAUCUACGUGUACAAGGUCCUGAAGCAGGUCCAUCCCGACACCGGGAUCUCCUCCAAGGCUAUGGGCAUCAUGAACUCCUUCGUGAGCGACAUCUUUGAGCGCAUCGCUGGAGAGGCCUCUCGUCUGGCUCACUACAACAAGCGCUCUACCAUCACCUCCAGGGAGAUCCAGACCGCUGUCCGCCUCCUGCUGCCCGGUGAGCUGGCCAAGCACGCCGUGUCUGAGGGAACCAAGGCAGUCACCAAGUACACCAGCUCCAAGUAAACUCGCUGUUUACAACACAAAGGUCCUUUUCAGGACCAUCCACC